AAUUCAACACGCCGCUAUUCAUCAGCCAUUUUUAUUAUUACAAGCUUGCGCGAAGAUAUAGCAUAGCGACAUAUCCUUCUACAUUUCAAGGAUUUAGGUCAAGUAUCGUCGCAGGGAGAAGCCUUGCAGACAUGUCUGACUUCAUCGAUAGCGAGGCUGAGGAGUCGGAGGAGGAGUUUGAAGAGAAAGACCUGAAGCCUAAAAAGACCCAGGCGUUUAUGGAUGAUGAGGAAGAGGAGGAAGAGUUAAACACAGAGGACCAGGAUGAGCACGGGAACCUGAUGGGGCUCAUCGACGAUGAUGUGGAUGAAGAUGAGGAAGAGGAGAAGAAAAGCGGAGGAGCAGGCAGCGGCAGCGACUCAGAUGAUGAAGUCAGACACAGACGCAAGAAACGCAACUAUGAUGACUACCUGGAUGAUGAUGAUCUGGACCUCAUUGAGGAGAACUUGGGAGUCAAAGUCAAGAGGAGGAAGAAGAAGUAUGACCGUGUGAAGACUAUGGAUGAUGAUGAAGAUGACGAGAAGGACCAGAUCGCAGACGAGAUCUUCCACAGAGGAGAUGACGAGGACGGAGAGGGGGAGCUGGAGGAGGGAGAGACAGUCGACCCGCCCCUACGUCGCCAUGGUGAACGCCUCGACGAAGAAGAGGAAGAGGAGGGAGAGGAGGAGUCGGAUAUUGAUGACUUUAUCGUGGACGACGAUGGCCAGCCUAUCACCAAGAGGAGAAGCAAGAAGUUCUCAGGAUACACAGAUGCAGCCCUCCAGGAAGCUCAGGAGAUCUUCGGGGGCGACUUUGACUUUGCGGAGUUCGACGCCGACGGUGCUUAUGAACAGGGUGAGGAAGAGGAGGAGGACCAGGAUGAAGAGGGCUGGGACCGGCCCAAGAAGCCAACGAAGAGGAGGGUGGGGAGGAAGAGCAUCUUCGAGCUCUACGAGCCCAGCGAGCUGGAGAGUAGUCACAUGACUGACCAGGACAACGAGAUCCGCUCCACAGACAUGCCAGAGAGGUUCCAGCUGCGCUCCAUCCCAGUGAAGCCUGCUGAGGAUGAUGAGUUGGAGGAAGAGGCAGAGUGGAUCUACAGAAACGCUUUCUCGACCCCCACCAUCUCCAUGCAGGAGAGUACAGAUUACCUGGACAGAGGAGCCACCACUAACUUUAGCAGGAAGGGCCCCAGCACCAUCGCCAAGAUUAAGGAGGCCCUCAACUUCAUGAGGAAUCAGCAUUUUGAGGUUCCAUUCAUCGCGUUCUACAGGAAGGAGUACGUAGAACCGGAGCUCAACAUCAACGACCUGUGGAAGGUCUGGCAGUGGGACGAGAAGUGGUGCCAGCUGAAGAGCAGGAAGCAGAACCUGACACGUCUGUUCCGGAGGAUGCAGGGGUACCAGUAUGAGCAGAUCUCUGCCGACCCCGACAAGCCCCUGGCUGACGGCAUCAGGCCCCUGGACACUGCUGAUAUGGAGAGACUGAAAGAUGUCCAGUCCAUAGAUGAGCUGAGUGAUGUGUAUAGUCACUUCCUUCUGUACUAUGGCCGAGACAUCCCCAAGAUGCAGAACGCAGCCAAAGCUGCCAGCAAGAAGAAGAAGAAGAAGAAGAAGAAGAUUGAGGUCAACGAGGAAGGUGAGGAGGAGGAGGUGGAGGAAGAGGAGGAGGUGGAGGAAGAGAAGGGGCCGGACCUGAAGCUGGCAUCUCGUAGAGACAUGUACAGCAUCUGUCAGAGCGCUGGGCUCGAUGGCCUGGCUAAGAAGUUUGGUCUGACUCCAGAGCAGUUUGGAGAGAAUCUGAGAGACAGCUACCAGCGUCACGAGACAGAGCAGUUCCCUGCCGAGCCUGUAGAGUUGGCUAAAGACUACGUCUGCAGCCAGUUUAACAGCCCUGAGGUGGUGUUGGAGGGGACCCGUUACAUGGUUGCGAUGCAGAUUGCCAGGGAGCCUCUGGUCAGACACGUCCUCAGACAGACGUUCCAGGAGAGAGCCAAGAUCAACAUCAAGCCCACCAAGAAGGGAAAGAAGGACAUGGACGAGGCCCACUUUGGCUACUCCUUCAAGUACCUGAAGAACAAGCCAGUGAAGGAACUGAACGGAGACCAGUUCUUAAAGAUGUGCCAGGCUGAGGAGGAGGGGCUUCUCACCAUAGACAUCUGCAUUGACCUCCUAGGGGUCAAAGGGGUUGCAGGUGACCAGACAUACUUUGAUGAGAUCAAGCAGUUUUACUACAGAGAUGAGUUCAGUCACCAGGUGCAGGAGUGGAACAGACAGAGGACCCUGGCCAUCGAACGCUCCCUCACACAGUUCCUCUACCCUCAGAUGGCCAAGGAACUCAAGAACAAACUCAUCGCGGAGGCCAAGGAAAACAUCAUCAAGUCGUGUUGCAGGAGGCUGUAUAACUGGCUGAAGGUGGCUCCUUACAGACCAGACCAGCAGGCGGAGGAGGAGGAUGAUGAUCUGAUGGAUGAGAGUCAAGGAAAAGGCAUCAGAGUCCUGGGAGUGGCCUUCGCAGACAGCAGAGACACGCCAGUGUUCUGUUCACUGAUCAAUGGAGAGGGAGAGGUUGUGGACUUCCUCCGUCUGCCCUACUUCCUGAAGAGGAGGAACGCAUGGAAGGAGGACGAGAGAGACAAAAAGCUCCAGGACAUUGAGAACCUGAAGAAGUUCCUGACCAGUAAGAAGCCUCACGUGGUGGCUGUUGCCGGGGAGAAUAGGGACGCCCACAUGAUAAUGGAGGACAUUAAGAGGACAGUGAGUGAGUUGGAGCAGGAGUCUUCUCUGCCUGCUGUGGGAGUGGAGCUGGUAGACAACGAACUGGCCAUGCUGUAUAUGAACAGUACCAAAUCUCAGACUGAGUUCCGUGACUACCCUCCCCUGCUGCGCCAGGCUGUGUCAGUAGCCAGGAAGAUUCAGGAUCCUCUAGUGGAGUACGCUCAGGUCUGCAGCUCCGACGAAGACAUCCUCUGCCUCAAACUACACCCUCUACAGGAGCAUGUAGUUAAGGAGGACCUGCUGAGUGCUCUGUACUGUGAGUUUAUAAACCGGGUCAACGAAGUGGGGGUGGAUGUGAACAGAGCCAUCUCUCACCCCUACACACAGAGCCUGGUUCAGUUCGUCUGUGGCCUCGGACUCAGGAAGGGAUCCCACCUGCUCAAGAUCCUAAAGCAGAACAACACUCGUCUGGAGAACAGGACUCAGCUGGUCACUAUGUGUCACAUGGGCCCCAAGGUCUUCAUCAACUGUGCCGGAUUCAUCAAGAUAGACACCGCCUCUCUCGGAGACAGUACUGACUCAUACAUCGAGGUUCUGGAUGGGUCCCGGGUGCACCCGGAGACGUAUGAGUGGGCCAGAAAGAUGGCGGUGGACGCUCUGGAAUACGACGAGUCAGCGGAGGACGCCAACCCGGCCGGAGCGCUGGAGGAAAUCCUGGAAAACCCGGAGCGCCUCAAAGACCUGGACCUGGAUGCUUUUGCUGAGGAGCUGGAGAGACAGGGUUAUGGUAACAAGGGCAUCACCCUGUAUGAUAUCCGUGCUGAGUUGAGCUGCAGGUAUAAGGACUUGAGAGUUCCCUACAGAGCUCCUAACACCGAGGAGGUGUUUAACCUGCUUACCAAGGAGACACCAGAGACCUUCUAUAUAGGUAAGCUGAUCACCAGUGUUGUGACCGGUAUAGCUCACCGGCGCCCCCAGGGGGAGAGUUAUGACCAGGCCAUUAGGAACGACGCUACAGGGCUGUGGCAGUGCCCCUUCUGUCAACAGGACAACUUCCCUGAACUCAGCGAGGUGUGGAACCAUUUUGACAGUGGUUCGUGUCCUGGCCAGGCUAUAGGUGUGAGGGCUCGGAUGGACAACGGUGUCCAGGGCUUCAUCCCCACCAAGUUCCUCAGUGAUAAGGUGGUCAAACACCCCGAGGAGAGGGUGAAGGUGGGUAUGACGGUACACUGUCGCAUCAUGAAGAUUGACAUUGAGAAGUUCAACGUGGACCUGACAUGUCGUACGUCUGACCUGAUGGAUAAAAACAACGAGUGGAAGCUCCCUAAAGACAGUUACUACGACUUCGACACGGAGACAGAGGACACCAAGACAGAGGAGGAACGCAAGAAGAAACAGCAGAGAACCACCUAUAUAAAACGUGUGAUUGCACACCCAUCCUUCCACAACAUCAACUUCAAGCAGGCUGAGAAGAUGAUGGAGUCCAUGGACCAGGGAGAUGUUGUUAUCAGGCCCAGCAGCAAGGGAGAGAACCACCUUACUGUCACCUGGAAGGUAGCUGAUGGCAUCUACCAGCAUGUUGAUGUGAGAGAGGAGGGCAAGGAGAACGCCUUCAGCCUGGGACACACACUCUGGAUCAACACUGAGGAGUUUGAGGAUCUUGAUGAGAUCACAGCUCGUUAUAUUCAGCCAAUGGCAGCGUUCGCUCGUGACCUGCUGGGACACAAGUACUUCCAGGACUGUAACGGAGGGGACAGGAAGAAAAUGGAGGAGUUGUUGAUCAGGUCUAAGAAGGAGAAGCCUACGUUCAUACCCUACUUUGUCUCAGCCUGUAAAGACCUGCCAGGGAAGUUCAUACUGGGAUACCAGCCUCGUGGCAAACCACGUGUUGAGUACGUGACCAUCUCUCCUGACGGCUUCCGGUACCGGUCCCAGAUGUUCCCCACCGUUAACGGACUGUUCCGCUGGUUCAAAGACCACUUCCAGGAACCGGUACCAGGCAUCACCCCCAGCAGUAGCAGUCGAACACGGACACCUGCCUCUGUCAACGCUACACCAGCUAACAUCAACAUCGCAGACCUGACGCGAGCGGUCAGCGCUCUCCCACGCAACAUGACCUCUCAAAUGUUCAGUGCCAUCGCCGCGGUGACGGGGCAGGGGCAGGGCCAGAACGCGAACACUACACCUGCCCAGUGGAACUCCAGCCAAUACGGUUACACCGGGGGCAGCAGUGGGGGCGGGGGAGGCAGCUCCUCAGCCUAUCACGUGUUUGCGACGCCCCAACAGCCGAUGGCGACACCCAUGAUGACCCCCAGCUACUCAUACACCACCCCCAGCCAGCAGACCAUGGGUACCCCGCAGUACCCCUCCACCCCCCAGUCCUCCCACUCCCAUGGACACACACAGAGCAACCAGGGCCACAGCAGCCACCAGGGACCCUCGUCCAACACUCCCUCAUCCUCCUCCAGAGGACGCACUCCGCAGCAGCAGCCUAAGUCGAGCGGCAGCACGGCGGUGGACUGGGGCAAGGUAGCGGAGCAGUGGCUCCAGGAGAAGGAGGCGGAGAGGAAGAAGCAGAAGACCCCCAGGAUGACCCCGCGACCUUCCCCCAGCCCCAUGAUCCAGAGCACGCCUAUGUCAAUCGCUGGAGACGCCACGCCCCUUCUGGACGAGAUGGACCGAUAGGAGAGGCCGGGGGGGGCGACUAUACCCCCCUCCUCCCCAAAUAUACCCCCCCUUACUCUCAUCAACUCAUCCUUCCAUCCAUCCGCCUACUUGCAUGCCCCCUCAGACCAGUCACAUACCAUUCAGAUCGCCCUGUCCUCCCAGCCUACUAAACUAACCCUGCUCCCCUCUUCUCCCUCUCCUCCCAGCCUACUAAACUAACCCUGCUCCCCCUCUUCUCCCUCUCCUCCCAGCCUACUAAACUAACCCUGCUCCCCCUCUUCUCCCUCUCCUCCCAGCCUACUAAACUAACCCUGCUCCCCUCUUCUCCCUCUCCUCCCAGUCUAAACUAUCCCUGCUCCCCUCUUCUCCCUGUCCUCCCAGCCUACUAAACUAACCCUGCUCCCCUCUUCUCCCUCUCCUCCCAGCCUACUAAACUAACCCUGCUCCCCCUCUUCUCCCUCUCCUCCCAGCCUACUAAACUAACCCUGCUCCCCUCUUCUCCCUCUCCUCCCAGUCUAAACUAUCCCUGCUCCCCUCUUCUCCCUGUCCUCCCAGCCUACUAAACUAACCCUGCUCCCCCUCUUCUCCCUCUCCUCCCAGCCUACUAAACUAACCCUGCUCCCCCUCUUCUCCCUCUCCUCCCAGCCUACUAAACUAACCCUGCUCCCCUCUUCUCCCUCUCCUCCCAGUCUAAACUAUCCCUGCUCCCCUCUUCUCCCUGUCCUCCCAGCCUACUAAACUAACCCUGCUCCACCUCUCCUCCCAGCCUACUAAACUAACCCUGUUCCACCUCUCCUCCCAGCCUACUAAACUAACCCUGCUCCACCUCUCCUCCCAGCCUACUAAACUAACCCUGCUCCACCUCUCCUCCCAGCCUACUAAACUAACCCUGCUCCACCUCUCCUCCCAGCCUACUAAACUAACCCUGCUCCACCUCUCCUCCCAGCCUACUAAAUUAACCCUUCUCCACCUCUCUUCCCAGCCUACUAAACUAACCCUGCUCCACCUCUCCUCCCAGCCUACUAAACUAACCCUGCUCCACCUCUCCUCCCAGCCUACUAAACUAAUCCUGCUCCCCCUCUUCUUGUGUCCCAUUGGAUUCUGUUUCUAGCUACUGUGUAUCUAGCCAUGUUUCUCUCCCGGCACAUCUUCCCUUCCGUCUAUCCCUCUCUCUUUCCUCACUGUAUUUUUGCCGGCGACAUAGUCCAGUAUUUUAUUUAGUAAGGAUAUUAACUCUGUAUGUCAGGCAGGCAGAGAUGUCGAUACAGACCACCAAACACUUGAAACAAACCGCUGACAUAGAUGUAAUAGGACAUGGACCUAAUGGAGAAAUGAUUGUUUGGUUGUCAUGACAACCGUUGUCGGUUUCUUUUAAUAACAUGGGGUUAUAUUUUCUUUUUCCUGUUUGAUUUUUUAAAAAAUCUAUAAAAAGAUUAGGAGAUGCUGCCGAAAGCAUCUGAUUGGUUCGCGGGUUGUCUCAUGCCGUGGUAGGCUGGUAAUGUAAUGUCCCUUUGGCUGCAUAGACCUGCCCCUUACCCUCUUGGUGAUUGGCGGGUUGUGGCGAGAGGCAGCCUAACGAGCGUUUUUCCGAGCCAAUCAGGAAGCUUGUCUGCGUUUUUGUAUUGAUGCAUCAAAAUGAAUAAAGACACUGUUUUCAGUAUGAACCCUAUAACCCUGCACUCCUCACAUGGUCUGUCAAACCUACACUACCGGUCUAAAGUUUUAGAACACCUACUCAUUCAAGUGUUUUUCUUUAUUUUUUACUAUUUUCUAUAGUGUAGAAUAAUUGUGAAGACCUCAACUAUGAAGUAACACAUGGAAUCAUGUAGUAACCAAAAAAGUGUUAAAACAAAUAAAAAUAUAUUUUGAGAUUCUUCAAAUAGCCACCCUUUGCCUUAAUGGCAGCUUUGCACAUGCUUGGCAUUGUCUCAACCAGCUUCAUGAGGUAGUCACCUGAAAUGCAUUUUAAUUAACAGGUGUGUGGUAUAAAGUACAAAUCUGUCAUUCUGCCCCUGAACAGGCAGUUAACCCACUGUUCCUAGGCCGUCAUUGAAAAUAAGAAUUUGUUCUUAACUGACUUGCCUAGUUAAAUAAAGGUCAAAUAAAAAAUAAAAUACAGAACGCCUGCUCCCUAUUUGGUAAAAGACAAAGUCCAGGUUAUGGUAAGAACAGCUCAAAUAAGCAAAGAGAAACGACAGUCCAUCAUUACUUUAAGACAUGGAGGUCAGUCAAUCCGGAAAAUGUCAAGAACAUUGAAAGUUUCUUAACCUUCUUGGGAUAUGUGGGAGUCUAGCGUCCCACUUGGCCAAAAGCCAGUGAAAAUGCAGAGCGCCAAAUUCGAAUCAAUUACUAUAAAAAUCAAACUUUCAUGAAAUCACACAUGUAAGAUAACAAAUUAAAGCUACACUUGUUGUGAAUCCAGCCAACAUGUCAGAUUUCAAAAAUACUUUUCGGCGAAAGCAAAGGAUGCUAUUAUCUGAGGAUAGCACAUCUGUAAACAGAGAAAUCAUAUUUCAACCCUGCAGGCGCGAGACGAAACGCAGAAAUAAAAAUAUAAUUCAUGCCUUACCUUUGACGAGCUUCUUUUGUUGGCACUCCAAUAUGUCCCAUAAACAUCACAAAUUGUCCUUUUGUUCGAUUAAUUCCGUCGAUAUAUAUCCAAGAUGUACAUUUAUUUGGCGCGUUUGAUCCAGAAAAACACCGGUUCCAACUUGCGCGAUGUGACUACAAAAUAUCUCGAAAGUUACCUGUAAACUUUGUCAAAACAUUUCAAGCUACUUUUGUAAUACAACUUUAGGUAUUUUUUUUACGUAAAUAAUCAAUAAAAUUGAAGACUGGAUGAUCUGUGUUCAAUACAGGAGGAAAACAAACUAGCUAGCUUUCUGGUCACGCACCUCUAUCUAACAGUACACUACAAGGGACCCUCGUUCUGAACAGGGCUACUUCUUCAUUACACAAAGGAAUAACCUCAACCAAUUUCUAAAGACUGUUGACAUCCAGUGGAAGCGGUAGGAACUGCAAGAAGGUCCAUUAGAAAUCUGGAUUCCCAAUGACAACUCAUUGAAAAGAGAGUGACCUAAAAAAAAGAAUGUUUUGUCCUCGGGGUUUCGCCUGCUAAAUAAGUUCUGUUAUACUCUACUAAUAAUAUGCAUAUCUUCUGGGGAUGAGUAGCAGGCAGUUGAAUUUGGGCAUGCAUUUCAUCCGGACGUGAAAAUACUGGCCCCUGUCACCAAGAAGUUAAAGUGCAGUCUCAAAAACCAUCAAGAGCUAUGAUGCAACCCGAUCUCAUGAGGACCGCCACAGGAAAGGAAGACCCAGAGUUACCUCUGCUGCAGAGAAUGCUUUCAUUUGAGUUAACUGCACCUCAGAUUGCAGCCCAAAUAAAUGCUUCAUAGAGUUCAGGUAACAUACAUCUCAAAAUCAACUGUUCAGAGGAGACUGAAUCAGGCAUUCAUGGUCAAAUUGCUGCCAAGAAACCACUACUAAAGGACACCAAUAAGAAGAGACUUGCUUGGGCCAAGAAACAUGAGCAAUGGACAUUUAUAUCGUUGGAAAUGUGUCCUUAGGUCUGGAGUCCACCGUGUCUUUGUGAGAUGCGGUGUGGGUGAACGGAUGAUCUCUGCAUGUGUAGUUCCCACCGUAAAGCAUGGAGGAGGAGGUGUGAUGGUGUGGGGGUGCUUUGCUGGUGACACUGUCAGUGAUUUAUUUAGAAUUCAAGGCACACUUAACCAGCAUGGCUACCACAGCCUUUUGCAGCGAUUCUCCAUCCAAUCUGGUUUGCGCUUAGCCCUUACACCUCCAGGUUGUGUAAGGGCUAUUUUACCAAGAAGGAUAAUGAUGGAGUGCUGCAUCAGAUGACCUGGCCUCCACAAUCACCCGACCUCAAUCAAAUUGAGAUGGUUUGUGAUGAGUUGGACCACAGAGUGAACAAAAAUUUGCCAUCAAGUGCUCAGCAUAUGUGGGAACUCCUUCAAGACUGUUGGAAAAUCAUUCCAGGUGAAGCUGGUUGAGAGAAUGCCAAUAGUUUGCAAAGCUGUUAGCCAACCUUUGCCUUGAUAUUUGAAGAAUCUCAAAUAUAACAUAUUUUCAUUUGUUUAAUACUUUUUACAUGAUUCCAUGUGUUAUUUCAUAGUUCAGAUUUUUUUCACUGUUCUACAAUGUAGAAAAUAAUAAAAAAUUAAGAACAACCCUUUGAAUGUGUAGGCAUUCUAAAACUUUUGACCAGUAGUGUGUAUACACACACACACACCUCUGACAGUACACACACAUGCUUAUGAGUCUGGUAUUGAGAGAAAUGUUUGCUAUUGAAUAUGAAGAGCGCUCUCCUUAAACUCCCAUCUUAAUAUGUGUGAAUGAUACCUAUGUGAUGAUGGGGAUGAUUGAAACCCCAACAACACAGACUGGUGAGAUUUAAUAUGGUCUUAUGUCAAAAACCUACUGGUUUAUUAGUGUUGCCGUCAGUGUACAAACAGAGAUAAACUGUAGGUUUUAGACAGACGGACGGGGUAUGUGGAUAUAACAUGGUCUACUCUACUGUCAUGUAUCUCUUUGGAAGACCAGAGUGAGCUGCUAGACUUUGUUUCUGUGUUCUAACCACGGAAUAAAAGAUGUAGUACUACCGGUAACCUUCUUAACUGAUACCAUGACGACGUCCCAGGUGAACUGAACUAGAGUGUAAGAGAUGGCAGUAUGUUAGGGAGGAACUAGGUUUUAGCCUUGAGCUUUGCUUUGCUGUGACAACUUUUUUCCAUGUGAAGUUAUUUUUGGUGGUGUAAAGCAUCCGCUGGUAGUUUGAAGCAGAGGAAGAUUUGUUGUGAAUUUACUUAACGUGUAACUAGAUAUUUUAACGGUUGUGUCUGUGAACUUAGCAUUUCUUUAAAUCCUUUUGUCCUUGACUUUCAAUCAUCAUGUGUGCAUUUUACGUCACUCUUGGAUAUUCUGACAUUUUACAUGUGGUCUGUUUUUAAAUGUGUCCCUCUAUUCCUCACUCCUGCCCCCUUAAAGUCCACAGAUGUCCAAAAGAGUGGAUAUCUGUGAUCACUAUGGAGAUGAUUCCACCCUCAAGAUGAGAUGUGGAGCUCUAAUGUGCCGUGUUGCGUUCCUCUAUCCAGACCUGUGCAGAUCUGUGAACUCGUAACGGGCUAGUACUAGGUCCCAUCUAUCCAGACCUGUGCAGAUCUGUGAACUCGUAACGGGCUAGUACUAGGUCCCAUCUAUCCAGACCUGUGCAGAUCUGUGAACUCGUAACGGGCUAGUACUAGGUCCCAUCUAUCCAGACCUGUGCAGAUCUGUGAACUCGUAACGGGCUAGUACUAGGUCCCAUCUAUCCAGACCUGUGCAGAUCUGUGAACUCGUAACGGGCUAGUACUAGGUCCCAUCUAUCCAGACCUGUGCAGAUCUGUGAACUCGUAACGGGCUAGUACUAGGUCCCAUCUAUCCAGACCUGUGCAGAUCUGUGAACUCGUAACGGGCUAGUACUAGGUCCCAUCUAUCCAGACCUGUGCAGAUCUGUGAACUCGUAACGGGCUAGUACUAGGUCCCAUCUAUCCAGACCUGUGCAGAUCUGUGAACUCGUAACGGGCUAGUACUAGGUCCCAUCUAUCCAGACCUGUGCAGAUCUGUGAACUCGUAACGGGCUAGUACUAGGUCCUAAGGGAAGGGGGAGGAGGCUACUGACUAAAAUGUCAAGUUAUGUGAAGACAUUAGACCUUUUGUCUGAUCCACAGAUCAUUAUCAUAAUAAGGAUUAAUAUCAGUGGUGAAAGACCAUGUGUAUUAGUGCUUCCAAGACAACAACAAAAAGUCUGUGAUCUUCAGGUCGGAAAGUCUGAGCUCUAGAAAGAUUGCCGGAGUUUCUGACUUGGAAUUCUCAGUUAAAUGAUCUUUUCAAAGCGAUUUUUCCCAGAUGGAGCUCGUUUUCUUCUUCUUCAGGAUGUCCAGUUGUCUUAAACGCACUGAUGUCAGAGGCACUGAAGUCGGAAGUCUGAGAUUUCCGAGUUCCCCAGGUUUUUUUUUAUUUUUUACAUGGCAUAUAUCUCUAAGUGACACUGCCUAGUGUCACUCAAACACAUCACAGUGUUGUAUUCUGGGAAAUGUGUUUUUGCAAUUGUGAUUUGCUCUAUCGGUAUACAGUCAAAUGGGUUGCUGAUAUACAGUUUUGGUCUUUAUGUUCUUGAGUGUUCCUAAGGGUUCUAGGGUUACUCCUGGGCUAAAAACCAUGUUCAAUAUAUUGUCUCAUUUAAAAAUGCUCAGGCUGAUUAUUGCAAAUAAGGAUGAAUCAACCUGCCUGGUAAACAAUGGUUUAGUUCAGGGAGUAUAGGUUUUAUUUAGGGCUUGGAAACUAAUUGGUUGACUUGUGGAUUUGUAUUUUCUAUUGGCAAUAUGAGAUGUUGUACCUUCAGUAAGCCUGUGGUAGUUGGCAGUGGGAGAAGAUGACUUGGGGAUAGAUGAAGGGAUAGGGAGAGGUUUAGCCUCUGUUAUUACACUGCUGAUACCCUUUUCUACCGGUGAUCCCUUUAAUAAAAGUGUUUCUGUUAUUUA